AACCUUAAAACACACACCCAAAGUCUGUUUGAAAAAAAUGGAUCAAAUCAAGCAUACUUACGUCCAUGUCAAUGGAUUAAAGCUUCAUGUAGCUGAGAUUGGAUCCGAUUCGUUGCCGGUAGUCAUUUUUCUACAUGGAUUUCCAGAGAUAUGGUACACGUGGCGCCAUCAAAUGAUAGCCGUUGCAAACGCCGGUUUCAGAGCUAUUGCACCUGAUUACAGAGGAUACGGACUAUCUGACAUCCCUGCAGAACCCGAAAAGGCCUCAUUCACCGAUCUGGUCAAAGAUACUGCUUCAAUCCUAGAUUCUCUCGCCAUUUCUAAGGUGUUCGUGAUUGGUAAAGAUUUUGGAUCAAUGGUUGGUUACACAUUUGCUCUUUUUUUCCCUGAAAGAGUUGCAGGAAUAGCAACACUUGGGAUGCCAUUUAUGCCCCCUGGUUCUUUUGAAGAUUCUCUAGCUCUCCCUGAAGGUUUCUACAUGCGAAGAUGGCAGGAAGUUGGAAGAGCUGAAGCUGAUUUUGCACGGUUUGAUGCUAAAACUAUUGUGAGGAACGUUUACAUUUUGUUCUCUAAAAGUGAAAUACCAAUAGCAAAUGAAAACCAAGAGAUAAUGGAUUUAGUUGACCCCUCAACUCCCCUACCCUCUUGGUUCACUGAAGAUGAUCUUGCAGUAUAUGGAGAUUUGUAUCAGAAAUCUGGAUUUCAGACUCCACUCCAAGUUCCUUAUAGGUCAUUAGCCGAUACAAGCGCAUACCCGAAACAAGGUUUGAAAGUUGAAGCCCCAGCACUGCUGAUCAUGGGCGAAGAAGAUUACUUGUUCAAGUUCCCAGGGAUGGAGGGAUACUUGAAGAGUGGGGAGGUAAAAAAGUAUGUGCCUAAUCUGGAAAUCGUAUACCUACCUAAAGGUUGUCAUUUUGUUCAUGAACAGUUCCCGGAUCAAGUUAAUCAACUCAUACUCGGUUAUCUCAACGGCAACAAAAAUUAGGAUUUACGUGUUUGUCCGUGUAAUAAAAAAUAAAACAUGAGUGUGAAAUAAAUGCUAUAGUAUACUUCAUGUAUAACGUUAAAAAUUGUGUUAUCCAAGUGAAAAAAAAAAUUACUUUUUUGUCUUAGUUGAUAACUUCUUUAAAUUAUAUAUGAAUUAAAUAUUAAUGUUUUAGCAA